AUGGCCAUGAUACUGGUCAACAACUCCGAGAUUGGGGAGUUCUGCUGCAGCGCAGAGUAUGAUACGCAGACUGGGCUGUGUGGCAGUGCUACGCUCGGAUCUGACCAGCCGUUCGAGCUCGAACCAGGACAGAUCAUCUGGGACCGGAACAAUGGUGAUGCAGACUUCCGUAACAUAUACUCGGCCACUGUCACGACCACUGCCAUCCCCCAAGCAACGAGUGCAUCUGAAGCACCGGGCAGCAUCAGCAUAGUGCCGAUCGUUGUUGGCAUUACCGUUCCACUCGGAAUUCUGCUACUUCUCGCCCUGGUAGCUGCUUCCCUGUUCUGGAAAAGGAUGAAACGUAAACAACGGCAUAUUUCAGACGAUCGGGUCGGGGAGAAGAGCAGCGACACAGUGUCGAACAGAGUACCGUUGGCGUCGGCACCGAGUCACGAGGUCGAUACGAGGGCCAUAUAUGAAGCGUCACCUGAGACUCAAGCGCACGAACUGAAGGCCGCACAGGAUCCUGUCGAAAUUGGACAGGAUCUUAUUGAGAUCGCGGGAAGCCCGAUACAUUUACGCCGCUGA